UAUGCGUGUCCUGUUCGUGCGUAAGCGUAAAAGUACAGCGUGCGCGCGCGUUAUGCACGCUCGGCUAUUGGUCAGCUGAGUGCACGCACUAGAUUGCGGAGGCUCUGCGUUGCAUUGCCAGUGAAAGCAGCCUGCGCUAUGAGGAGACACGGAGUGACGUUCACUUCAACGGAGCACAUGAGACCUACAUGGGAUUUAAUAGGUUAACCUAAAAAUCUACGGUGGUCUGUAUUCGGAUAUGCAGUCUUAAAACGAAGUGUUGUCAUGGAUAUCAUCAUUUCUAGACGGUCCACAAUCCUCAUGAAGGUUAAAGCCAAAAUCCUUCAGCCCAGCAGCAUCUUCACUGCGUACGUGAUUCGUGCCAUCGCGUCGGUAUGAGGAAAAUAACUGGCACACUGUAAAGCGUCUGAUAUUACGCUCGAAGAAUGCUGCAACAGAACAACAACAAUAACUGCUUGGACAUGGCCCAUAGGGAUCUAUUGCAUGAAUGCAGAAGAACCGAUGUCUCAUUCACCAGUGCCCUUGAGUUUGGAGCCAUACCCCUGAUUAAAGGCCUGAGAGCAUGGGCUGUGAGUGGCGGCUACUCUAAAGCCAGGAGAAAGGCUGCUAAUGGACCGCGAGCACAGGGCACAUGCCAACAUCCUUCUGAAAACAAAGCAGGGCAGAGAAGCUGGUCAGGGCAGGCCAGCAGUGGCUAUGGGCACACACUGGAUCGCACAAUUAGUGCAACCAGAGCUCCAGGGGUCAGGCAAGGCAGUCUUGGUGCUCUUGUAACUGUGGCCUCUUUGAAAGGCACUGAGGGGGGUGGCAGGCAGACUCAGACACGCUGUCUCUUUCUCAAGGCCCAGGGCAGGGGCAGCUACAUCUGCGCUGUUGGAAACCGAGGGACUGGGACGAGAGUCACAGGUCCUUGGACUCACACUGUCAUUCUUGAAGGGAAAAAGGAAGAGCUUAGAUGUUCCUCUAAAGGGCCGAAGCUGAGCCAGGAUGGGCCAGAUGAAGGUGGACUUUUCAAGGCCAAGCCCAGGGCCGUACGAAAAUGGAGGAAGUGCAGUAAAACAACAGGCUUAGCGGAGAAAAGAACAGCGGCUCACGGCAAAGGGGAAAUCGCCAAUCAAAGCAGUCAACCGGAAUAUGGUGAUCAAAAGACAGCACUGAAUUCAGACACACAACCACUUAACGUAAUACCAGAUAACACAAUAACACAAUGCCAAAAGGGUAGCAGUGCUAGCUAUCCACUUGAAGUCACUAUCGACUUGAAGAUGGGCAAAGACGAAAGGGCUCAUUCACCCAUAUCAGUAAACACUGAUGCACCUGAGAGCACGGAUCCACAAACCUGCUGCUCUUCUGCCAAACUAUGUGCCAAGCCAGUUGAACAGGUUGAAGCUGGGAUGAGUAUUAAUCAGUCCGAUAACUGUUCUGAAAAUGAAUCCAGUUGUGCCAAUGGUGAUGCACAAGGAAACACUGAGGUUAAUAAAUGUGACCUUGAUGAUCGCCAGAACAUUCAAAACGUUGUUGCUGAUGUGCCAAACCUAGUGUCACCUGUAGCAUCUAAGAGUAACUUUAAUAGUCUAAGAAUCAAAUUGACCACAACAGACUGUAAUACUGAGCCAAGCAUUGAUCAUUCCCCCAUGCUAACUCCCUCCAUAGUCCCUGUCAGCAUUCAGAAAAAUGAAGAAUCCAGGCAAGAUGAGUGCCUACUGGACCGUGAAAAUCUACAUUCAGUGGAGCCUGGUGAUCUUGCAACACAGAGAGAUGGGACUCCAGACACAAAGACUACAGUCGUGCUGGAGGACCGCGCUCCAGUGGGUGUUGCAUGUAGCACUACAGAAAAGAAGAGGAGGCCGUCCAUGUGCUCACCUCAGCAUUGGGAGGAAUUAAUCACACGGCAUGGAGAACAUGAAGUUCAGCAGUCUGACAAAUCCUCUUCACGAGGCUUUAGCGCACCACCAGCCAAUAUAACUAUAACCACUAUUCACUCCCUGGUUAAUCCUGCCACCACAGCAGCCAUAGCAACAGCCAUCCCAGCAUUAAGAGAGGGGGAGGUGGGGGCGAGAGGUGGAGACUUUCUGCCUCUGGUGGUGAACUCAGAGUUGCUAUCAGAGCCGGCAAGAGUUGACGACAAGGACAAGGUGGCCGCUGACGAGGGGUCUCUUGAUGUGGACGAGGAGGAGGAGGAGGAGGAGUUUGGGGCUUUCAUGCAAGCAGGUGGAGAGCGGCUGUGGACGGAUGGAUUCAGUGAGGUCCAACAUUCGGCUGAGGAUUACAAGUGUGAGGAACAAACAAGUUCUGCUGAUGCAAAUGAACCUGCAUCCUGGGCAUCUGAUUGGACUGCAGUUCAGUCAUUCCAGCAGUCUGAGAGCACAUGGACCGCCUUCAGCCAGGAGACUGUGGAGCAGAAGAUAGCCCCUGGUGACCACUGGUGGACUUCUACCGAAAAGCCAAAGCUUCCCCUCUCUCCUCUCCAUAAUGUGUCAAAUGUGUUUCUAGAGGCCUUUCCCUCUGAAAAGUCCCCAUGUGAAGAUCCUGAACACAUUCCUACACUAAAGCAGCUUCUGCAAGGACCAGCUGAAAACAGCAAUACAGGGAAGCACAAGGAGCAGAGCUUACUUGAAGGCCUCCAGGAUCUAGAGCGGAUGAUUGGUGUGAAAUAUAAGAGGGCGGAGUCUCUUUCCUGUAAACUUCUCCUUCAGUCACUGCAUCUGGAACGUCCCAGCUCUGAAUGUGUUCGUCUGAAGACCAGUGCCAGAUUUUCUCCAAAUCUCCCAACAUCCAACCAGCAGUUAGCUGCAAAUGCUAAGAGGAGACUGUCUUAUGACUUCAACAGAAAUAUUAUGACCUAGUCUGGCGAAACAUCUAUGCUUCCUUGAAAACAGGAAAUACAGGGCAGAGUAAAAAUACAUGCUGAAGAACUGAGUUUCCCUGGAUUGACUUCUAUUCAAGGUUUAUUUAAAGUGUGUUUCUUCUUUCUGUGUCUGUUCUCACUCAGUGUCUGCUAGAUUCUGUUUCUCAUUCAGCUGCGUAUCAAGACACACAAGGCCUGUUUAACCAAAUGUUUUUCAGUAUUUCAGAAUAUUGGGAUUAAAUUAGGACAAAUAUACUAAAAUUUCAAGUUAAUAACCCCUUUGCCAAAUUGUCUAGUCCAGGUAUAAGGAAUUUUGGUUAUUUAUAUAACUGGCAUAAUCAGAUUGUGUAUUACUUUCAAUAAUUGCUGUGAAAUACAUUUGAUAGAAUAAGAUUGUUUUUUCUGGAACCAUAGCAAACCAGAAAAUGCACGUUCUCACCGGGAUGUAGAUGCAAAUCUGGCCUGUCACAUCCUGAUCCACGUCCCAAACUUUCCUUCCUACUGUCUCACAUGAUGUGAUUUUUUUUUAAUGUGAUUUUAGGGGGGAUUAGGGUUCAUUUUUGAUCUUCGCAAGUUCUCCAUUGCCUGAAAACGGUCAAAGCAAAUUUCCAAAAAAUGUAUUUUCAUACACCACCUUGCAGAGAAAUCCAUUUUCUUGUUUCCAUGUCUUUUCUCCCUGUGCUUGAAGAACUAAACAUAACACUGUAGUGUACCAUUUUUAAUUCCUGAUGAAUAGAGACCAUAUUUUCAGAAGUGUUUUAAAAUGAAUGUUAACAUUUUAAAUUGAGCCUGUAAGCUUGUUUGUUGAUUGAUGUAAUUAAAACAUCUUUGAAGGACUGAA